CGUUUGAAACCAAUACAUUCCCGUCGUUUACACGUCCCCUCCCUUCCACAUGCUGACAUGCAGCAGCCAGCACCACAGCCCGCCCGCCUUCCGUUCCCUUCAAAACCCCGCACGCCUCGGCCUCCCUGCCAGGUGACUCUCUCUCUCCAGUCCAGUCCAGUCUCGACGACCCACUGCCCUCUCCACCGAAGCAUGCCGGGCGACGUCGACGACGACGGUCCCUACUUCUUCAGCGCGCCGGCGAGCCCCGUGCACUACAUCCUCCGCUCCCCGCCUUCCUCCACGGCCGCCGGCGCGGCCUCGCCCGCCGCCUCCGCCGAUGCCGACUGCUGCGCGGCCGCCGCGGGGGACUUCGAGUUCGCCGCGCACAUGGCGGAUGGACCCGGACCCAAGGGCGGCGCGGCGAUGAGCUCCGCCGAGGAGCUCUUCGUCGCCGGCCGAAUCCGCGUCGGCUGCCUCUCCCCGAUCCGACGACAGGAGGCCGGGCGUGAGGGGGGCAGCGGCAGCGGCGGCGGCGAGGAGGAGGAGGAGGAGGCGGAGCGGGACAGACGCUCGCCGCGGGCUACUCGCCGGACUAGGUCCGUUUCCCCGACGCGUAGCCCCAGGGGCGCCGCCUUCGCCGAGCCUUCCGACACCUUCGCGUCCGCCUCAUCGUCUUCCUCCUCCUCCUCGUCAUCGUCCUCGGCGAAGAACAGUCGGCGGCGGAUAUCGCUGCGGGACCUCCUGAGCCGCACGGGCGGCGACUGCGCGGGGGCGGCGGACCAGGCAUCGUCGUCAGGCACCGGGAGCGCCGAGGUCACCAGCAGGCCGGGUUUCUGGCCGCCGUCUAUCUGGCCAUCGCCGCGCUCGUCGUCCAAUAACUUGCCGCUGCCCUGCCCGGCGCCACAGCCGCCGGGCCGCCGCUCCGCCUCAUCGGACAGGGCCGCGGCGCCGGGCGGCGGCGGCGGCGGCAGUGCUCGGCGCACCACGUCGCUGCCGUACCGACAGAGCCUGGUUCUCGGGUGCCUGGGCUUCGGGGCUCGCAGCCGGAGCACGGGGCUCGCCAAGUCCACGCACCCCCUCUUCUCUUCACGCUGAACACGAAAAGCUAGCAAACGAAGGAUGAAGGAGAGGUGUUUAGGCCAGAAGUCACGCCACAAUUUAUUAUGCCUCAUUCCACGGCAUUUUACAGGAAAAUGACUCAGUUUUAACUACGCUGCUUGUCUGCUUAUCUAUCGUGAGACAGAGAAACAGGUGUGGAUUAAUCUUCAAAUUUUGUUCUCUUUCAUGGUAAUGUUUUAUAUGGACUAUGGAGUAUUAGUGUCGUAGCUAGUGUGUGUGUGUUUCAUCUUGAUGGGAACAAAUGCUACAGCUAUGUGUUUGUCUGUCGUACAUUGGAUUAAAGAUCCUUAAGAAAUGUUCUUUUUUUAAUGAAAAAUUAAAACCCUUAACUGAUUGGUUCUUAA